GCCUCGAUUGGUCGUCGAGUUAUUCACUUGACACUAUUGGGAUUUUCCUGCUAUUGUUUGUCGCGUUUUUAUAUCUGCCCGGAAGUUCCUCCUUGCAGUCGACGAAUAACUGUCGUAGUGGAUUUAACUGGCUGAAGUAACAGAACGCAGCAUGUACAUACUUAAAGGAAGUCUCCUGGUGGUGUGCCUUGUUUCAAUAGCAAUGGCGAUGCCUGCAGCUACCGAUCAGCCAUUGCAGACCGUUUCGCAGGGGGCAAAUGAAUCUGAGCCACUGCAGACCGUUUCCCAGGGGGCAAAUGAAUUCUCGUGGUCGCUGUUUAAGACUGUGGCAGAGGAGAAUCCAGGCAAUCUCAUAAUGUCUCCUCUCAGCGCGAUCUUCGCUCUUGCUAUGACCGCCUACGGUGCUCGCGGGGAAACGGAAAACCAGUUGAAAAGAGUCCUUCAUCUGCCAUCUUCGAACAGUCUUGGUACAUCUGGCUACCAAGCACUCACCGAUACUCUCAAUAACGUCACAGAUAACGAGCUCAAGCUGGCGAACAAAAUCUUCCCAGCCCAGAAAUUUGCCGUGAAGCCAGACUACCAAGAAUUGUUAACAAAUUACUUCCGUUCGGCGGUUCAAAAGGUGGACUUCAGCAACUCCAGGGAAGCUGCAGGCAUCAUCAACACAUGGGUCCAGGAGAACACAAACGAUCGUAUAAAGGAUCUGCUCACCUCCGAUGACGUGGACGAGAGCACGGCAUUAGUGCUGGUUAAUGCAGUGUAUUUCAAGGGCCAAUGGAAGGACAAAUUUGAUCCACAGGAUACCAGGGAACUACGGUUCCACGUUGACGAAACUACGACAAAAAAAGUUCCUACUAUGUACAGAACUGGCGAUUACCGGUAUGGCUAUGUUCCAGGGAUGAACGCGACGUUUAUCGAAAUCCCAUACAAGGGUGACGAAUUGAGCAUGAUCAUUUUUCUUCCUGAAGACGUUAACGGUUUGAACGAGGUGCAACAACAAUUACAAGAUAUAAAUAUAGCCAAUCUCUUCGACGAUGCGUACGAAGGCAGGGUGGAAUUAUAUUUGCCAAAGUUCAAGAUCGAGAGCAAAUUAAUCCUCAACGAUGUUCUGCAAAAGAUGGGUUUGACCGACAUGUUCAGUGACAGAGCCAACUUUUCUGGUAUCGCUGACGACGAUCUGUCGAUCAGCAAAGUUGUACAAAAGGCAUUCAUCGAAGUGAACGAAGAGGGCAGCGAAGCUGCUGCCGCCACUGCAAUAAUAGCAGCUACAACUUCGCUUUUCACUCUUAGACCAGAAUUUAGAAUUGACCGUCCAUUUGUCUAUGGCAUUGCUAAAACAUUGUCUAACGAUAAAUCUAACGCUUCCGAUAAAGUAUUCAUAUUUAAAGGAAUCGUUAACGAACCCAUGAUGUUUUGUAUUAAUGAAGGACUAAUAAGAUUUUUAAAAACAUGUUGCUUCGUUUCACGCGACUACACAAACAACAAGAUACGCGCGUCUCGUGAUUGGUCGCUCGCCGACCGCUCAACACGUGAUAGGUCAGUUCUUUCCACCAGUGGGAUUACGCAGGUGAUCUUUGCAGCGAUUUAUACCGGUUCGUUAAGCACUUUCUUGCAGUCUGCGUUUGACUUUCGAAGAGGAUCCACCGAAGGGACAGAACGCAAAAUGGGUAUAUAUAAAGGAAGCGUUUUGGUAGCGUGCCUCAUUCUGAUAGGAAUAGCAUCGCAGGCGACUAGCAAUCAACCAUUAUACGCCAUUUCAAGAUGCACAAAUGAAUUUUCGUUCUCGCUACUGAAGGCUGUGGUGGAGGAGAAUCCUGGCAAUCUUGUAAUGUCUCCCCUUAGCGCGGCCAUUGUUCUCGCUAUGGCUGCCUACGGUGCCGGCGGAGAGACGGAAUUACAGCUCAAAAGAGUCCUUCGUCUGUCGUCCGCGCAAAAUCUUGGCCCAUCCAAUUAUCAAGCGCUUAUCGACAUCCUCCAGAAUUCCAAAGAAAACGACUUUGUUCUCGCGAACAAUCUCUUCGCCGGGGAGAAAUUCUCCGUGAAGCCGAGUUACCAACAGCUGACGGAGAACUUCUUCCGGUCCAUUGCUCAGUCGAUAAACUUCAAGAAAGCCGAGGAGGCUGCGAAUAUGCUCAACGCGUGGGUCCAACGGAAGACGAACAAUCGCAUUAAGGAAAUUUUCAGUCAGAGUGAAGUGGAUUCCAAUACAGGAUUGAUGCUCGUCAACGCAGUGCAUUUCAAGGGUCUGUGGAAAAAGAGAUUCAACCCCGAGCUCACCAAGGAACGGCCAUUCUACUUCAAUGGGAACACCAUUAAAAAUAUUCCUACAAUGUACACAAAUGGCAUCUACAAGUUUGGCGAGCUUUCAAAUCUGAAGGCGUCGUUCAUUGAAAUACCAUACCAGGGUAACGGUAUGAGUAUGGUCGUGAUUCUUCCGAACGAAGUAAACGGUCUGUUCGAGGUCGAAAAGCGACUAGAAGGUUUAAACAUCAACGACAUCUUGAAUCAAGGAUACGAACGCGAAUUGCAUCUGUAUCUGCCGAAAUUCAGGAUCGAAAGGAAAAUAGAUCUCAACAGUGUUUUGAAGAAGUUGGGUCUGAUCGACAUGUUCAGUUCGCGCGCUAAUUUCUCCGCCAUUGCCGACAACAAUCUGUUCGUUAGCAAAGCUAUACAACAAGCAUUUAUCGAAGUGAGCGAAGAAGGUAGUGAAUCUGCCUCAGCCACUGGAUUAUCAGCCGUAGUGGCCGCCGCACUUUUCCAACCAGAGGUCAAAAUCGACCGUCCGUUCAUCUAUUGCAUCGUCAAAUCACUCUCUAGCGAACAAUCGUCUAGUGCUGAACGCGUACUAGUAUUCGCGGGACGCGUCAACGAACCACAGAUAUGAAAUGAAAACGAAGCU